UUUUUCGAAUUUUUUCAAUCAAUCAACUCAACCAUAUAUUUUAUUGAUAAUAAGCAAGUUUUUUAUUAUAGUAAUAGCUCUUUAAUUGUGGAAUUCAAGUAUCCUGUUUAACAGUGGGUUAAUGGAAUCCAAAUAGUGGUAAUCUGAAGGUUAAAUUAACGAUAUUAAUAAUGGAAAUGUUUAUUAUUAAAUGUGUUGAAUUAUAUCUAUAGAAUCUAUACCUGUGGGGAAUCAAUAGUAGAAUUCUAAUCCAAAACUAUCAUUAAAAUUUUAUAAUAGUUUGUUAUUGGUAUGGACCAGAAUUUGUAUGAUGAGUUUGGGAAUUAUAUCGGACCUGGAUUUGAAGACGAUUCCGAUAAUGGGCUCAAUUCUGAUCUUUCCGAUCAAGAAUCCCCUCAACCCAUCAGUAACAAUGUUAACGCAGUAAAUGCUGCCGAUAUUCUUAGGGAAAGUGUUGUAGAAUAUACAGGCGAAGAAGCUGAUGACGAAUAUCCGGACGUAGAAGUAUUUGUGAGAGAAGAGGAUACACAAACAAUUGAAGUGCCAAUAAUAGAACCACACGAAGAGACUGUAGAGAGAGUAACAAACAUUAAGAGAUUAGACUCAGAUGUAACGGUGAAGAAUUUUGAUAUUUUAGAGGAGAAUUUGCCACAAAAUAAAUUUAGUUUUCAAUUCUUAAGUUCGUUGACAAGGAAACCAGAAUUUAUCAGAAAUAUCUGUAUUUGUGGUGGAUUUCAUGAUGGAAAAACUACAUUAAUUGAUAGGUUAAUAGAAUUCAGCAGAUACCAAUCUACAUCGUUGGAUACUAGGAAGAAUCCUGAGUUCACACGAUAUACAGAUUCCAGAUUGGAUGAACAAGCUAGAGAAUUGAGUAUAAAGAGUACUCCAAUAUCACUAAUAUUUCAAAACACAUUAUACGAAAAUAUAAAUGACGUGAGUGAGUUUCCAAAGUCUAAGUCAUACCUGUUCAAUAUAUUUGAUACACCGGGACAUGUGAAUUUUAUGGAUGAGUUUGUACACGCUUUGGCAAUUUGUGAUGGAUGUGUAUUGGUGAUUGAUGUUCUGAUGGGAUUAACAAGUGUAACUGAGCAAAUAAUAAGACAAUGUGUACACGAUCAAGUUCACAUGUGUUUGGUGUUAAACUGUAUUGAUAGAUUAAUAUUGGAACUAAAAUUACCACCCAAUGAUGCUUAUUUGAAAAUACAACAUACACUGACAGAGGUUAAUAGAUAUGUUACAUCUCUGUGUAAAUUAUUGAAUAGUGAAGUUAGUGAGUUUAACCCGGUGAACAAUAAUGUAGCAUUUGCGUCGGCAAAGUUUGGCAUAUUCUUCACAUUAAAAUCAUUUGCUACCUUUUAUACUAAUGACAAUGUUACAGAAUUCUCUAAACUACUUUACGGUAAUUAUUACUACAAUCCAAUCAAGAAUUCUAUUACCACUAGUAACACAGCCAGUCCAAUGGUAAAUGGUAGUGAGCAUCUUAACGGUGUGAAUGGAGUGGUUAACGGAGUAAAUGGUGCAAAUGGAGUUGAUGAUCAUAACACAGGAGAAGUAGAUUUGGAGAGAACCUUUGUGGUGUUUAUAUUGGAGCCAUUGUAUAAGUUAAUAUCGCACAUAGCAAGUGAUGAGAAGGAAGAUUUAGACCCUAUACUAGCACAAUUGUCAAUUAAACUUAGCAAAUCAGACUACAAGUUAACAACGAGAAGAAUAUUAAGGAAAGUAUUUUCACAGUUAUUUACAGACGCCUCGGCAUUUGUGGAUUUAGUCCUCACUUCAAUUCCAUCACCGCUGGAAAAUAGUAUAAAUAGGUUCAGACAACACUACAGUGGAACGCUAGAUAGUAAUUUAGUGGAAAGUGUGAAAAACUGUGAUGGGUCAGGACCGUUAGUAAUAUUUAUAACUAAGAAUUAUUAUAAUUCUGGUGAUGCAGGAUUCAAUUUAUUUGGAAGAAUAUUCAGUGGCACAAUAAGAAAAGGUCAAAAAGUUAAACUAUUGGGUCCAGCCUAUACAUUAGAUGAUGAUGAGGAUAUGGUGGUAAGAGAUGUUGGAAGUGUUUGGAUAUCAGAAGCACGUUAUAGAGUUGAAGUCACGAGUAUGUGUGCCGGUAAUUGGGUGAUGUUAUCUGGUAUUGAUAUAUCACACUAUAAAACCACUACCGUAACCGAGAACACUAAUAGCACUGUGGAGUUGAUGAGAAUAGCAUCAUAUUUACCAUGUGUGAGACCAGUGUUUAAGGUUGGAUUAGAACCUUUGAAUCCCAAUGAAUUGCCGAAAAUGGUAAAUGGAUUAAGAAGUAUUGAAAAAAGUUAUCCAGGCUCAUUAGUUAAAGUUGAGGAAAGUGGAGAGCACGUUGUUAUUGGCACCGGUGAACUUUACCUAGACUGUGUGCUACAUGAUUUGAGACGUUUGUAUGGGAAUUUGGAAAUUAAGGUCUCGGAUCCCGUCGUUAAAUUUACCGAAACUAUCACUGAGUCAACUUCUAUGAUCUCAUUCACACGUACCAAUAACAUGAAAAAUAAGUUAUCAAUGAUCUCGCAACCGUUAGAACAGAGUGUCAGCUCAUUCCUAGAUCUGAAUCCUAACUAUGCUGCUAGUGGUGUUGAUGCUGAUACACUUGAUGGCAUGGGAGUGCUAUCAGAAUGGGAUAGAUUGGAUGUGAAAAAUGUAUGGUCAUUUGGUGGAGAAGGUAUACCAGACGUGUUAAUCAAUGAUUCAAUACCAGGUGAAGUCGAUCAGAAUUUAUUAAAUCGAGUAAAAUCAUCAGUAAUUCAAGGCUUUAAUUGGGCAAUUAAGGAAGGCCCAUUAAUAGAAGAACCAAUUAGGAGUGUUAAAUUUCGAUUAAUAAAUUGUGAACUUUCAAACGAAUACAUUAAUAUAACACCAGGACAAAUCAUUCCAGCCACCAGGAGACUGUGUUAUUCAUCGUUUUUGUUGAGUACACCACGAUUAAUGGAGCCCGUAUUAUUUAGUGAGAUUCAUUGUCCAGCUGAUUGUGUAUCUGAAGCCUAUAAAAUACUCUCAAAAAGACGUGGGCAUGUACUAAAAGAUAUGCCAAAGCCAGGAACACCAUUUUAUGUAGUUCAUGCCUACUUACCAGCCAUAGAAUCCUUCGGUUUCGAAACGGAUCUUAGAGUUGAUACGAGUGGACAGGCAUUCUGUUUAUCAAUGUUUGAUCAUUGGAAUAUUGUGCCAGGAGAUCCUCUAGAUAAAUCAAUAGUAUUACGAACACUGGAACCAGCGCCAGUACCACAUUUGGCACGCGAAUUUCUGGUAAAAACGCGUAGAAGGAAGGGGUUAACUGAAGAUGUGUCGAUUAACAGCUUUUUCGAUGAAGAAAUGCUCUCGUCGCUGGCGGAAAACUUGCAAGAAUUUUAUUGAUCCACUAUUAAGGCUGCUAAUGUUGGUUUCAG